AUCGGUCUUCAAGCACAAUGGAAAGAGUCAGAGAAAGAGUAAGACGAGGAGGAGAACGAGGAGAACGAGGAGGAGGACAAGGAGGAGGAGGAAGGGGAGGAAGAGGAAUCAACAGAGGAAGAGGAAGAGAUGGAGGCCAUGCUGGAGGUAGAGGUAGAGGAAGAGGAAGAGGAAGACAAGAAGGUGCUCAAAGAGGACCGAAUCUGACAAAUGAGAUCCGCGCAACACUGGUUGACCACGUUGUCAACCACGGCCUGACGCUGAGGGAGGCUGGACUGCGAGUACAGCCAAAUCUAAGCCGAUACACAGUGGCAAGUGUGAUAAGAACAUUUCGACUGGAAAAUAGGAUUGAGGGUCAGGAACGACAAGGGGGAAGGCCUCCUAUGUUCACAGAACAGCAAGAGAGGGAGAUAGUAAACAUGGUUUUGGCCAACAAUGCUAUAACACUCAAUCAGCUCCAAACUAACAUUGUCAAUAACCACGCCAGUUUCAACGAUAUCCAUCAGGUCUCAACAUCAACACUGGCACGCAUCCUAAAAAAAAAACAUAUUCAAAUGAAGCAAAUUUAUCGAGUGCCUUUCGAGCGCAAUUCCGAAAGGAUGAAGCGACUGCGGCAUGAUUAUGCAGAGGUAUGUAUUCACUUUAGCAGUGUGAUCUUGCAUACUGUCUCAUAAUCUUUUACUGUACUGUAAUAUGUAUACUACAUCUACACUGAACUACACAAUUUUGCCUGACACUGUUCUUCAGAGAGUUUUAUGAAUGGAUGGAGAGGAGAUCCAGCAUGAGUUCAUUACGUAGAUGAGGCUGGGUUCAACCUGACGAGAACACGAAGGAGGGGAAGAAACAUCAUUGGCCACAGGGCUAUAGUCAAUGUCCCAGGGCAACGUG